AUGUGCAAAAUGUUUGGUGUCCUCAGCCUGGCCUAUGUCGCCAUUUUCGCCUUCGCGGUGGUUAACUGUGAAGACGUAUCGAACGAAGGAGUUCUGGAUCAUUUGAGCGGAGACAACAGCGUCGGCAGAACGUUCGGUCACAAUGCUCUGAAGCGAUUAUCGUUCAUAUUUUUGCCGGUGAUGUUCACCCUUGGAGUUAUUUCAACUCUUCUGAUGGCUCUCGCUGUCAUAUCCAUAAAGAAUCUUGCUAUUGGCGUAGUCCUCCUAAUAGUGGCUGUCAGUCAGGCGGUGUCUCGUUUAUUCUCUGUAGCAGCUCCCGCACCUGUAGUAUUCCACCCAAGAGCUGAGGCUGUCUUACCGCCUGCGCUCCCGGCGCCCUGGCCAGUGGCUGGACCCCUCCUAUCACCCUGGGCUAGAUCUGACAACGAUGCCGUUAUAUCCGACUAAAGCACCCCCACUUAAAUAAUACCUAGUACAAAAUUUUAUAAUAAGAAUUUAAAAAUAAUGGAGAUAGGUUAGUAACACUUUAUUAUAACAACUUCGUUACUUUGGAAGAAGUUAUAUAAAACAUGGAAAAUUACCGUCUUUCAUACCUAUUGCAUAAAUAAAAUGUCCCUCACCUGCAGCGAAGCGACUUAUUGAAGAAUUUGCAUUUAUUGGAAAUGCCAGAUGUGUAUUCUGCGAAAUACAUCAACAAUUGUUUGGCAUUUCCAUCUUCGUCUAUCUCUCAUAAGACUUCAUGGAAGACUGACGACGAUGAAUAGUUAUAGGGUAACAUAUUUAUUUAUAUGAAUAAACUCAAUGUUAAAUAAA